GAGAGAGGGAGCAGGAGGGAGGGUGAGAGGGAGAGACGCUAGCACAGAGGGAGGGGAGAGAGAGGCAGAACCCACAGUGCAAGGUGAGAGAAGAAGCAGCAGCAGUGCACAAGCCAAAGUUUUCCCCGAGUGCAGCGCUAGUGUCGGGCCGCGAUGCUGCUGAAGGAAUACCGCAUCUGUAUGCCCCUCACUGUGGAGGAGUACAGGAUUGGGCAGCUCUACAUGAUCAGCAAACACAGUCAUGAACAGAGUUCCGAUGGAGAGGGUGUAGAAGUCAUCAUUAAUGAGCCUUAUGAAAGUGCUGUCCACGGGAAAGGACAAUACACAGAAAAACGAGUCUACCUAAACAGAAAGCUGCCAGCCUGGAUACGAGGUUUUAUUCCAAAGAUAUUCUACAUCACGGAAAAAGCCUGGAACUAUUAUCCAUACACAGUUACAGAAUAUACAUGCUCAUUUCUGCCAAAGUUUCAGAUUCGAAUAGAAACGAAGUUUGAGAAUAACAAUGGAAGCAAUGCCCAGGUGUUUAGAGACAAGCCAACCCCAGAGGAAGACGUUUGCUUUGUAGACAUCGCUGCUGAUGACAUCACAGAAGGGUAUUACAAGAAGUCAGAGGAUCUCCGCAGUUUCCAUUCAGUGAAGACAGGUCGGGGGCCACUGCUAGAUAAUUGGCGAGAGACAUCAGAACCCAUUAUGUGCUCAUAUAAGCUGGUGGCAGCCAAAUUUGAGGUUUAUGGGUUUCAGUCUAGAGUAGAAAGCUUUGUCCAUAAGAAUAUCAGAGACAUUUUACUUGCAGGACACAGGCAGGCAGUAACCUGGAUGGAUGAAUGGUAUGGAAUGUCUUUGGAGGAUGUGAGAAAAUUUGAGAAGAAACUUCAGGAGGAGACAAAUUGCAAAGUGAAUUCUCAGAAGAAAGCGCAAGAUUCCAAGAAUGACACUUUGGUGAACAUUGGGGGUGGAAGACAUUCAAUCAGCCGAUCUACGUCAUGGAACAAUGGAACGGAGCCAUGUUCUUAUGCAGCAACCAAUGGAUCAGCAGACAUAAAGCCACGCCACAGAUUGCCUUCAGCCCCUGAAUAGUGUUCGUCAAGGAACUGAAAUGUUCAAACAGACAUUUCAUAGAAAAUGUCCAUGGUGAAGACACUGUUGUCUUCACAAUUUACAAAAAUGUCGGCAUUACAUGGCCGAUGAGAUAUGUUCUGUGGUUUACCUUCUGCAUAGCAAAGUAACUUUCUCCAGAAAUGAGAGGACCAAAGGACUUUUGAGUUGCCAAUGUACAGAUAUAUUUAUGGUAUGAAAGAGUAUACGGUGCAUUAUAUAUUGGAUAUGUGGAGAAUACCUAUUGGGUUCAUAUUUAGAACUAAAACUUUUUUUCCGGAUUAAUAAUCACCUGGAAUGGUUAGAGAAAAGAUUAGGGUCAAGGGCUUGGUUUAGGGAUGGACCAUGAGCUGUUCUCAUUUGCAUGCCACUACCCAGAACCCCUGGUCUCAGUAGAAGCUCUUGUUUUGCUGCCGCAAAGCACGUUGUCCCUAAAAGACAGGACCAUGCUUGUGUUUUUCUUCUUAGCAGUACUUCUUACGGUGGAGGGUUUGUAAUCCCUUUUUGUAUCUUGUAUAUAUCUAUAUAUAUAUCUAGAACGUCGUCUUCAGUAAUGGCACAAACAAGGGUGGGAGUCGAAACGACCGAUAUUGAAAACGCAGUUCUCAAAAGAGCACAACUUCAGCGGGUGAUUAUAUUGGCUGGUAUUUACUUAUAUGUCACAGAACAUAGGAAAUCCUCUUUAUAGAAUCUGGUGCAAAACGAAGAUACGUUUGUGGGACUUUACUGUCUAUAGGGCUCUACUAAUGUGAUGUCAACAAAUGUGCAUUUGUGUGUGCAUAUAAAUAGCUCAAGGGAACACAAAGAGAAACCUCCACACUCCUGGGCCUUAGUGGAACAAUGCUUUCCUGGUUACGAUGCAUUGUUCUUUCCCCUGCACUAAAGCACUGGUGUUCCGGAAACCGCAUGUACAGCCUUGUUCCACCUACUGGUGUUGGUGGAGCUUCAAACACAACACAUGUUUGCGUUCUGCGUGUUUGGAGCACAUUUAUUAGAUCUUCAAGUGCCAAGAUCGGUGCACAUGAGCUUCAGCAGUGCCUGUGGGUUUGAAUCCAUGUUGACUCCAACUUGGGUACAAUAAUUAUAGAGUACGUCCAAUUAUGCUAAUAACGCAUGCUCCACCCAUGCAAAAUCAAACACAAAAUGCUCCUUUAACCUCAUAGAAACCUUACCACCUUUAGACCACUUAGUCUUUUACUUUUGGAUCCAUUAAAAUUGCAGCCACCUUGUAGUAUGGAUAAAGUAAUGGCAGUGUAUAUGUUCUGUAAAAUUCGGUGCAGUUAGUUCUAUUUUUGAAGUUAUAGAUAUACAUAUAUUUUAAGUGGUUGUUUAUAUCUGUGGUUUUUCCCACCAUCCAGAUGACAAGCUAUUAAGGUGUCAUGGGAGAGACACAUUAUAUUUUCAUUCAAUAUUUUUUCAUUCUAUGGAAAUAUGAAGUACGGUAUAUUGAUAUUGCUGUGGCCGACCUUAUACAUUGUUGUACAAAUGGCUUUGUUUUAUUUGAGCUGCAUCCGUCCUUCUUAGCUCUUCCUAAAGUCAGUGUGAUACAACCAGUAGGAUGGACUGGUGACCAAUGGGUUGCGACUAAGGUCUUAAAGGGAAUGGAUAGCUUCAGGCCCGGAUUUCUAAUUGUGCUGCCCCUAGGCCAGUGGGUCCUCGCCCCUCCCCCGCGUGCAAGAGCCCUCCCCUGAAGUCCCUCUUCCCUCGCGAGUAAGCGGAUGCUCCAGUUUACGAUGGAUGACUGGGAAUUACGAGCACAAUAAAGUUAAAGUGUUGGGCAUCCCCAGUGCUCCUGAAAAAAUUAGAAUGCGGCUGGAUGGCAUGCCGCCCCCUAAAAUCUUGCCGCCCUAGGCCUGGGCUUUUGCCACAAAUCCGGGAUUGGAUAGUUUAUAGUAGCCCCAAAAAAAAUCUAAAUAAAUAAGCUGGAGGAACAUGGAAAGUGUCCAAAGUUUCUUCCUACAGGAUUAUCCCUCAAUCAACCAACAAUAUUUUUGAGUAUAGUUUUCCAUUCAGUUUACUUUAUCUUUUCUUCGACUCUACUGCUGAAUGUCAGCUCCGCUGCUCAGUUUUUUUUUAGCUAACUACUUAUUCCUGCAGUAAUGGAAAAAUGCGGUUGUACAAGCUCCAUAAUAUUACAGAACAAUGUUAUUUUCCAUGAAGACUAAAAGGAAAUUGCUAAAGCCCGUUGCAUAUAAAUGAGGCUUGAGAUGGCGUUUUCUACUCUGCAUUAUAUUUUAAUGCAUUGGAGUGGAAAUCAUAAAAGUGCGGUAAUUAUACUUUAGAGCUGUAACCCAUGGCAACCUAUCGCAAUUAGCAAUUAGCGGCGAUCUGUUGACUGCAGUAAGACUGAUGAUUAAGGCAAAAUUCUGAUUGGUUGCUAUGAGUGAGCACUAAGGUUGUUGUUAUAUUAUCACAAAUAUGGGACUGCUCGACUAAAUACCACCGGAUCAGAAUAUGAUGUGGAACAGGACCAAUAACUAAACAAUGUCAAGCUCUUUGUCUUCAAGAAUAGGACUUGUUUAUAGUCAAAGGUGGCAGCCACGUACCCAACAAAGGACUAAAGACAUUUCAUUUGGAUAGAUUUCAGCUAGUUCAAAUAAAGGGCCCCUUGAGCUUAAAAGGUAUUUGUACCUUGUAUUAGAGUAGUAAAAUUAGAGCUUUUUAGCCUUUGAUAUAAAUAAAUUGAAUAGCCUCACAGCAAGGGUUGCCACCCGGCCGGUAUUUUACCUCCUAGCCGGUAAAAUACCUGCCGGGGCCGGUAUUACAAAUUUACCGGCAAUGUAGCUGCCGGUAAAUUUGUAAUACAUUUAAAAGGAGCCCUCGGCCUGCCCCCAAUCCCCUGUAACAUCCCCUGGAACUUACCUUUACUCUGACUCCUUCUAGCCUCCGUGAUGUCCGUGUCGUGGCCCCGCCCCUUUUGACAUCACGGCCUGCCCCUUUUGACGUCAAGGCCCACCCCUUUGUGUACCCGCCCCCCAGCAGCCGGUAAAAGAUGUUUAAAAAGGUGGCAACCCUACUCACAGCAGUACAAGUGGUUCUGUAAUUCACUGGGUAAUUCUCUCUCCUUGAUAUGAUGAUAUCCCUAACAAUUCUCCUUGAGGACAGGUUUGAGUGCCCUCCAAGUCCUACCCCUAGGAAGCCAUGUGGUGAUAUCUUGCACUGAUGAGAUCUCACAUGAUCAAACCAGGGGGCAGAUUCACUUAAGGGCGAAAAGUCACCAGCGAACGCUUUGCACCCAUCGCUACACUUCGCCAGGCAAAAAUUCACUCAGACAACGCUAAUUCACUUAAGUAUGGAGUUUCCUCGUGGACGCCGAACACUGGUGUCUUUUUGCUAGCGUUUUUUCGGCAAUGCGAGCAAUUCAAAGCCUAGCGCAAAUUCGCUAGAGGUAUUGCGCUCAGGUUAAUUUGCAUACGGAGGGAAAUUUCAAGUUGAAUGGAUGUACAGUAUAUGUUGCAGCAAAUUACAUUUCCAUUUUUAAUUACACAAGUCCAGGGAAGCUUAAUAAAGACAAUAGAGUUGUUAUAAUGCCCUACACAUGAGCCCACUGUAUAGUUUAUGUUCCAAAUACAUGGGGGAACCCGAUGAGCCAAAAAAAAAUUUUUAGAACUUUUGCUGACUAUCACUCUGAAAAAAGAAAAAGACGCCAGCGUUUUUUGAACUUUGAUGCUUUUUCCACUCACAGAAUAUGAUGUAAGUGACAGAAGAUUGAGAAAAAUCUAUGCAUUUCGCCUGGUCUGAGGUGGCGAAGUCAAGUCUGGCGAAAGAGUUAACGUUCAGUAAAAUUCGAAUUUUUUGUGAAUUUGCAGAGUAUCGUUCAUUGCCAGAGCAAAUUGUCUCUUGGCGAUAGAGUGCGAAUAAGCUCCAGCUUCUAUGUCUCUCACUAGGGAAUUGUUAGUAAAUUUAUGAAGUCCCUGCGGGCGUUAACGCUGGCGAAAUUAUCAUGCCACUUCGCCCUUUAGUGAAUCCUCCCCCAGGUUUCUGCAAGUUUGGAUUCAUGGUUCUGAAUUUUAAGGCCUCGUUAAAUCAGUGGUUUUGGAAACCCAGAACAUAAAGUAGUAAUAAGCUUGUCUCUGGUUUUAAGGCAGUUGUAUGUGUGUAUCAUGGGGCAAAUAAACACCUUCUGUUUUAAGAAGGAAAUGUGCACAUUUAGUGCACAAAAUAAACAAUGCUUCAAUACAUUACUAAAAAAAAUGGAAAAUAAAACCAAAAUUAAAAUGUCAUUUUUCAGCCCAUUGGCAUACUAUAAAUUUUUAUUGUCUCGAAGGACAAUGAAAGCCGUACGGCCAACUCCUGCUUUACUGUUUCAGUGCAGCUAUGAAAUCCACGGCGUUACCUCUUUCAAUAGAAGCCAUGACAGUGAUGCAGUUCAGCCCACGGCUUAAGAUUGACUGUAGGGGUUUGAUGAAAGUGACUGUAGGGGUAUGAUGAAAGUAGGGUAAUGCAGAAAGGAAUUUAUUUUAGGGCAUACCAGCUUGAAAUCAUUUGAUGUUAUUUUAAGAAGGACCAAAAUGUGACUUGUUGUUUUGACAAGCAGCCAUCUUGUAAGAGAGUCUACGGUGGCUGCCUGGGAACACUAGUUCGGAAGAGGUUGGUUGCAUGGAAACAAAGUCUCGAAACGUAGUGAUUAACAUAUCCCCAUUUAUUCCACUAAUGAAGUCCAUUUGGUUUGCAUAGUCCUAAAAGUAGAUAUAAGAUGAUAAUGAUCACUGCCGGUGCAAGAGCUGUUAGGGAAAAUAAGCCCCAGAACUCACUGCCGUAUCUUAUUCUGCAGGAAGAGAAUUCCGACUUAAGGGCGCUACCUCUUCCGUAACAUUUUGUAGUGGUUUCGGUUUCGUUUUUUAAGGUCUUUGUACAAAUAAAAAGCCCAGUUACUGAA